CGCACUUGGGAUGGCUGGAAGACUGCGCUCAAGCACGCGCACGCGCGCUGUCAGUGGUUUCUCGUGCGGGCUCGUGUCGUCAGUCUGCGCGCAGCUCUCCUCCUGAAGACAUCACCGCGGAGCGCAGGCUGGCACCAGCAGCUCAGCGCCCGGCACGCCUCUGCGCUUCAUCCAUCAGCCAGCACCCCAAAACGACGCCAGGCAUCCAGAGGACAAAAGUGUGAAAAUAGCACAAUGGGACCAUUCCAAGAAUAUGAGGAGAAGAAAUCUCCAGAGAAAGGAAGUCCUCGCAGCCGUAUCCCACGCCUGGUCCUUCAUCCUUUCCAACCAAAAGACAAGGGGUCGCCUCAGUCUGACUCCCCGUUCUCAGAGGAGGAAGGCAAAGAGUGUGACGUCAGCUCUGACCACUCCAAGAGGACCGUCAGCACCAACAGCUUCUGCUCCGAUGACACCGGCUGCCCACCUAGUCAGUCUGUGUCCCCCUCCAAAACCCCGUCAGGCUCAGAGCGGAGUGCCCGCGGGUCGCCGGUUCUCCCGGAGCGCAAAGCCAAAGUGAAGAGGGUGAGGGUGAUGACCGAAUGGAGCGGCGAGCCCCGGAGCACACAGAGGCACAAGAGAGAGCUGAGGUCUGCCAUGAAAGCCAGAGGUAGUGAAGCAGACUUCAGCUCAUCCAGCAGCACAGGCAGCCUGAAGGCCAGAGACGGCCUGGUGCCAAAUUCAGCUGGAAAGAAGGCUUCUUCACGCAGUCGCGCCGUUCACAUCCGACCACUCCCAGUGUUUAAGCCGCCUGGCAGUCCAACUGCUAAUCGAGAUGCAGAUCUUUAUGCUCCGUACAAGACUCCUCCCAGAGCUUCCAUGUCCACCACCAACAGCAGCAGCUGCAAUUCCAGCCCUAUAUCCAGACGAGUGAGCUUGAGCCGCUACCACUCCUGUGGAGAGAACCAUGGCAUUAGACCGCCAAACCCAGAGCAGUACCUCACCCCCCUGCAGCAGAAGGAAGUGGCGAUCAGACAUCUGAAGACCAAACUUCUGGAGUCGGAGAACAAAGUUCAUGACAGGGAGACGGAGAUUGAGGAGCUCAAGGGGCAGCUUAGCAGAAUGAGGGAGGACUGGAUUGAAGAGGAGUGUCACAGAGUGGAGGCACAGCUGUCCCUCAAAGAAGCCCGCAAGGAGAUUAAGCAGCUGCGCCAGGUGGUGGAAACCAUGAAAAGCAGCCUGAUGGAGAAGGACAAGGGAAUCCAGAAGUACUUUAUUGACAUCAACAUCCAGAACAGGAAGCUGGAGUCUCUGCUGCACAGCAUGGAGCUGGCCCAGAGUGGUUCCAACCUCCAAGAUGAAACCCCCCUGGAUUUCAUGUGUGACGGCUCUGAUGGCAGUGGGAGGAAGAUGCUGAGGGAGGAAGAGGGUGGGGUUGAGCUGGGAGCAGAGGCUCUGGCGGACAGUGGACUCUUGGUGAACGAUGAGAUGGCAAACAGGGCGGACAUUUUUGAGCAGGUCUUCAUGUCCACGGCAGUGGACUUCAGCCAGGAUUCCAGCAAUAAUCCGGGGGCUGCUGGAGAGGCUCUGUUGGAAGAGGAGCAGAUGGCCGGUGCGUCCUCUGCACCAUUGCCCCCAAAGGCACUUUCCUCCGCCUCUCCACACCAACAGAGCACAGAAGAUAAAGGAAUCCAGACGGAGCUGAUGCCCGUGUCACCUGACCUGCAGGCUCUGCUUCUCCAGCUGCUCAAGUUCCACGGAUGCUCACAGGGAGAUGCAGCUCUGUCUCCCUCCAAUCUUUUGGGUUUCCCAAACCUGCACACUCCCCCGACUACCUGCCAGCCUGACUCCACACCCCCCCAGCCCAUCGUGGCUCCAGAAUGCUCCGAGUGUUGCCCAGAGGCGACAAAGAGCCCUCGGUUUAUGAAGGAACUAGACUUUGAAGCGAGUGAGGAGGGGCCCUGUUCAUCUCCAGAGCUGGGCGUGGUGAGUAAGCGGUACUGGAGCAACAGCUUCUUGGUGGAUUUGGUCGCAGUAGCCGCCCCCGUCCUGCCCACAGUGGCCUGGCUGUACUCGCGGCACGGCGUUGACGGCAGCGCUCCGGUCUACAACAUCGCCGCCCUGAUCAGAGGCUGCUGCAUCGUGGGAUUGCACUCUCUUCGCCACGCUGCCGGCACAGAUGCGUAAAGGCGUCGACACCACACAAUCACGCACCCAACUUUGACCUGAGAGCACUUAAUUUAUGAGAAGGAGUUCUGACACUGGAUGAGAUCAAUGCAGUUAUCUUGCACUGUUAUUUUGCACUGUGUAGUUGACAUUUAACGGUGACGUUAAAGGGAUUAUUUAUAAGAAUUUCUGUAUUUACAUUUGAGCAUAUCAUCUGGGUAGAUGGUUAUGUUGCUGUCCUGUUUAGUUUCUUUUUUUUAACUCUUUGUUUAGAUCCUUUUAAGUGGCAGAAGCUGUUAUCCUUCGAUGCAUUCUUAAACGUGUUUGUGUUGCUGUCAGAAACUUUCCGCCAAAGCUUUAUGUGACUUCACUGUUGUGCAUCUGUUCUUUCCCUCCUCUCCUGGAGCAGAGCUUUACUGAACACAGCUCAUGUGUGUAGAAAGAAGCUGAAACUUUAACAGACACUUGUGCCUGAGCAAUGUGCAAUACUGGUGGUUUACAUCAAAUGUACUUGUAAAUUUAAUAUUAAAGCAUGACGAUUCUGGGCAACUUUGAA